GCGGGAAGCAAAGCCGGCAAACCUCCCACCGCAAAGCUCUCUGCAUCACCAACUGCAUCCGAGCAAACCACCGAAAAAUCAAUCAUCAUGUCGGCUGCUCAGCUUCUCAACCCAAAGGCCGAGUCUCGAAGAAGAGGCGAAGCUCUCAAAGUUAACAUUAGUGCUGGUGAGGGUCUCCAGGAUGUCCUCCGAUCCAACUUGGGCCCUCUGGGUACCAUCAAGAUGUUGGUCGACGGCGCUGGCCAGAUCAAGUUGACCAAGGACGGAAACAUCCUCCUCCGCGAAAUGCAGAUUCAGAACCCCACCGCCGUCAUGAUUGCGCGAGCCGCCACCGCCCAGGACGACAUUUGCGGCGACGGCACCACCUCCGUUGUUCUUCUCGUCGGUGAGCUGCUCAAGCAGGCCGAUCGUUACAUCUCCGAGGGUCUUCACCCGAGAAUUAUCACAGACGGUUUUGAUCUGGCUAAGGCCGAAGCCCUCAAGUUCCUCGAUGAAUUCAAGCUCUCCAAGGAGGUCGACCGCGAACUCCUCCUCAAUGUUGCCAAGACCUCUCUAGCCACCAAGCUCAACUCUACACUCGCUGCUAAGCUCACCCCCGAUAUCGUCGACGCCGUUCUCGCCAUCUACCAGGCUCCCGCUAAGCCCGACUUGCACAUGGUUGAAAUCAUGAAGAUGCAGCACCGCAUGGCUGCUGAUACCCAGCUUAUCCGCGGUCUCGCUCUUGACCACGGCGCUCGCCACCCCGAUAUGCCUAAGAGACUCGAGAACUGCUACAUCCUCACCAUGAACGUCAGUCUCGAAUACGAAAAGACCGAAAUCAACUCCAGCUUUUUCUACUCCAGCGCCGAGCAGCGCGACAAGCUCGUCGACAGUGAACGUCGCUUUGUCGAUGCCAAGCUCAAGAAGAUCGUCGAGCUCAAGAAGGAGCUCUGCGGAACCGACGGCAAGAAGAACUUUGUUGUCAUCAACCAGAAGGGCAUCGACCCUCUCUCUCUCGAUGUCCUCGCCAAGAACGGCAUUCUCGCUCUCCGUCGUGCCAAGCGUAGAAACAUGGAGCGUCUGCAGCUCAUCUGCGGUGGUAUCGCCCAGAACAGUGUGGAGGAGUUGUCUGAGGAGGUUCUUGGAUGGGCUGGUCUCGUCUACGAACAGACCCUCGGUGAGGAGAAGUACACUUUUGUUGAGGAGGUCAAGGACCCCAAGUCUGUCACGCUCUUGAUCAAGGGCCCUAACCAGCACACCAUCGCUCAAGUCUCAGAUGCCGUUCGUGAUGGUUUGAGAAGUGUCUACAACAUGAUUGUCGACAAGAGCGUCGUGCCUGGUGCCGGUGCUUUCCAGAUUGCUUGCGCUGCUCACCUCAAGGGUGAUGAGUUCUCCAAGACUGUCAAGGGCAAGGCCAAGUGGGGUGUCGAAGCUUUUGCCGAUGCUCUCCUCGUCAUUCCCAAGACUCUUGCCGCCAAUGCUGGUCACGAUGUCCAGGAUGCUUUGGCUGCUCUUCAAGACGAACACCGCGAAGGUGAAGUUGUUGGUCUCAACCUGGAGACUGGUGAGCCCAUGGAUCCCGAACUUGAGGGUGUCUUUGACUCUUUCCGUGUGUUGCGCAACUGUAUUGCUUCUUCGUCCAGCAUUGCCUCAAAUCUCUUGCUCUGCGAUGAGAUGCUGAAGGCGCGCCAGAUGACACGCUCGAGCGGACCUGGCCCUGAGGGUGAAGAGUAAAAGUAAAAUGAAAAUUGUAAGGGUAUUAGAGUAAAAAGCAAUCUACUGUAGACAAAAGUUCACAAGAUGAUUCAAUAAUAUUACAUAUUUUUCGUC